AUGGUCAAGGUCGGAAACAGCAAGAAAAUGAGGCUGAUUUUUCUGGGCGUCGCUCUGUGGUUAGCAGGGGUUGUGUUUGCUUCUCCUCACCAUCAGGUGUCGGUCUUCAACAAGAAAUGUGGAAAAGUACCACUGAAAAAUGACUUAGAAGAAUCUCGAAUUAUAGGAGGUCACCAGGCUCAGUCUGGAUCAUGGCCUUGGAUAGUUAGCUUGCAGGUUAUAUAUGCUAACUACUCUACACAUUUUUGUGGGGGGUCCUUAAUUAAAAAGAAGUGGAUCAUCACUGCUGCCCAUUGCCUCGAAAAUUAUAGAGAUCCCCAAAUUUGGAGAGCUGUUGUUGGAAUCAAUAAUCUUUUCCAAAGCCCUAAGACAGCUAAGAAAAUGCAAAUUGAUCAAAUCAUUAUCCAUCCACAUUUUGUUCCAGAAAAAUAUGUAAAUGACAUUGCACUUUUUCAUUUAAAAAAAGCAGUGAAUUAUAAUAAGUAUAUUCAGCCUAUCUGCCUACCAUUCUUUGAUUUUCUGCUAAACUUGACCAGAAGAACAAGAUGCUUCAUAAGUGGCUGGGGCCAAACAAAAAACAAAGGUCCAUAUUCUUCUAUUUUGCAAGAAGCAGAAGUUCAUUAUAUUCCUCGAAAUACCUGCAAUAGUGAAGAAAGCUAUGAUGAAAUUGUUCCAUACACUUCAUUUUGUGCAGGAGAAGAAGAUGGAACUGUUGAUAGUUGUUUGGGUGACAGUGGUGGACCUUUAAUGUGCUAUAUUCCAGAGUCUAACAGAUAUUUCCUAAUGGGAAUUACCAGUUUUGGAUCUAACUGUGGCAAAAAAUCUUUUCCUGGAGUUUAUACUGGGGUGCAGUUCUACAAAAUGUGGGUGAACAACAUAUUGCUUCUGGCAGCAGCUGAAGACACAGAUAAAAUAAAAAUUGUACAAGGAAAGAUAAUGCUAAUUAUGAUCUUCAUCAUUCUACUAGUGGAUAUAUAAAGCAGCACUAAGGUUAUAGUAAUUUCAUUUUGUAAUGAAUCUAUCCUUUUUCAUCUCUAUACUGGACAAACUUGAUAAUUAUUCAUUCUUUGGUGAAUGAACUGUCCUCAAGUUCUCAUGUCAACAAUUUUUGUUGUUUAUAAAAGGUUUGUUUCAAAAUUUAAUAUUAAAUCACAUCCUUUCCAUAUAUAAGC